AUGGAUUUGCCUCAAGGUUUCAAUGUUCCAGCAACAGAUGGUCAAGCAAGAAGUACUUUAUGGACAAAGGGUUUUUGUUUUGAUCUAUGUAGAUCAUCUGUUGAUAAAAGAAGUUAUAUGAGACUCAUACAAGAGACUAAAAACAUUUUGCAAACCAAUAUCAAGAUUAAAGAUUUAGGAGAAGUUAGAUUCUUCUUAGGCAUUGAAUUUUCUAGAAGUAGUGAAGGCAUCUUGAUGCAUCAAAGGAAGUAUGCCCUUGAAAUCAAUUCAUAUUCGGGUCUAGGAGGUACUAAGACAGUUGGAGCACCUGUGGAAGUCAUUCAAAAGUUAACUUCAGUUAUAUUUGAUCAACAUGUUCACUCGCAGCAUGAUACUGUGUUGAAUGAUUCGGGUUCAUAUCAAAGACUAGUAGGGAGGUUGCUUUAUUUGAGUGUAACUAGGACAGACAUCUCAUUUGCGAUCCAAAAUCUUAGUCAAUUUAUACAUUCACCUAAACAAUCUCACAUGGAAGCUGCUACCAGAGUGGUGAAGUAUAUAAAGCAAGCACUAGGAAAGGGAAUUCUCAUGUCAUCUACCGUUUCUUCUAAGCUACAGGCUUAUUGUGAUGCUGAUAUGGGUUCAUGCCUUACAACUAGAAAAUCAGUGAGUCGGUAUGCAGUGAAUAUUGGUGAUUCACUUAUCUCUUGGAAGUCAAAGAAGUAUUCUACUAUUUCUAGAAGUUCAGUUGAGUCAGAGUAUAGAAGUCUUGUUUCAACAGUUGUUGAAGUUGUUUGGCUCAUUGGUCUGUUUAAGGAAUUGGGAUUAUCCAUUCGGUUUCCAGUGGAUACAUCAUGA